AACUAACAUCUCUUCUCACCUCUUUUCCUUUGACAAACUAUUUGAAUCUAAAUUCAAAUUGAUUUGUUAAGGGAAAAUUGAGCUAGAAAAAUCAUGGCAAAGAUCUCCUUCGUGCUUUUCGUUGUGGCCCUUAUCGCCUUUCUCCAUGCUUAUGAAGCUCGCAAAGUGGUAAAUGUCGGUGAAGCAUUUGAAAAAGACUUGCAGAAAGCCGAGGCCAUGAUCGCGGAAGAAGUAAAGGCCAAGAAAACGAACAUUCAAGGUUUGACAUCAGAGGUGAAAACGUUGAGCAAAUCUGAAGUGAUGUUGAAGGACCUUGGAAAUGCUUACAAGAAAGAUAUGGACUUAAGGCCUUACGAAAAGAAACUCAAAAACUUCAGCAGGGUUGUAGCCCUCAAGAAAGCACCUGUGAAAAACAACAAGAAGCCUGUAUCCAUAAUCCAAUCGAUUUUGAAGGACUUCGGAUUAAACGGAGGGAGGGACUGACAAAAAAAACUAUUAAUAUAUCUAAUUAAUUAGGGUAUGAUUAAUGUUUUGUUGUGUUUAAAGGAGGCUUCGACUUGGCCAUGGAGUUUAGCUUUACAAGUGAGAGGAGUGAAUAACUCCCCCAUAGUAUAUUAGUUGCAUAAUAUUGUAUCUAAUACAAUUGAAUGAAAUAUUACUAAUGAAUUAUGAGAUCAUAAUAUGUUUCCAUAAGAAUAUAUACUGAUUACAGUUUGCA